GGAUGACAGAGCGAGUGGUGGUGCUGGUGGACAUGGACUGCUUCUACGUGCAGGUGGAGGAGAGGGAGCAGCCACACCUUAAAGGGAAGCCGCCCGUAGUGCAGUACAACCCCUGGAGAGGAGGCGGGAUCAUAGCAGUGAAUUACGAGGCCCGAGCAUUUGGUGUGAAGCGAGGCAUGCGCGGGGACCAGGCCAGAGAGAAGUGCCCCGACAUACAGUUGGUUCAGGUGCCCGUCAGUCGCGGCAAGGCUGACCUGACCAAGUACAGAGAUGCUGGCAAGGAAGUUAUUGAUGUUUUAGUGGAGUUCAGUGACUGUGUAGAGCGAGCCAGCAUUGAUGAGGCUUAUGUGGAUCUGACGAGCAUGGUGGAGACGCGGGCAGGGCAGGAGAGGGUGUCCGCUGCAGCCCUCCCCUCCACCUGGGUUGUCGGGUACAGCGGAGAGGACCAGCUGGAGUGGGAUGGGACAGAGAGGGAAACAGGCCUAACAAGAUGGCUUGCCAGACCAAAUGAAGAGGACAUGCCACCAUUGGAAGAAGAGGAGGAGGAUGAGGAUGAGGACGAGGUGAUGAGGAGGAUAAGGAAGAGGAGGGUGGGGACAAAGGCUGACCUCCGCCUGGCCCUCGCUGCGGCACACUGUGAGGAAAUGAGGCGUGCGAUCUUCACUCGGACAAAAUUUAAGUGUUCGGCCGGCAUUGCUCAUAAUAAGAUGCUGGCCAAACUAGCGUGCGGCAUACACAAACCAAACCAGCAAACCGUCCUGCCCCAGGGGGAGGUGGCCGACCUGUGGGAAGGCAUGCCCGUGGGGAAGGUGCGCAAUCUUGGAGGCAAACUUGGUGACUUCCUGAAGGAGAACCUGGGCUGUGUCACCAUGGCUCAUCUGUCCAGGGUCCCACUCCCCACACUCCUCACUCACUAUGACCUCAAGACUGGGCUCUGGCUCCGUGACCUUGGCCUUGGUAUAGACAACGAGGCCGUCACAUCCCGCCAGCUGCCAAAAAGCAUCGGGUGUGGCAAGAACUUCCAAGGACGCGAGACUCUCAACACUGUCACCAAGGUGCGUCAGUGGACAAGGAGCCUGGCGGAUGAACUCUCGGAGAGGCUGACGGCAGACAAGACAGCCAACCAACGCAUAGCCCGCACUCUGACUGUGGGAGUGCGUUUGGACAAGGACGACCGCUGGUACUCCCUGACUCUCUGCCACCUGUCCUCUUAUGAGCCGGAGAGAAUUACCCGGGUGGCACUCUCUCUCUUCCAGCACAAGAACACUGCCAUGUCUCCUGAUGUCUGGUCACCGGCCAUCAAGCACAUCAGUCUGUCGGCCAGCAAGUUUGAGCACAUUGGUGGCUCUGGGUUGGCAAACAUUGCAGACAUGUUUAAGAAGGCCGAGAGGAAGGCAGCCCUUACCUCCAUCGCCUCUACUGCCCCUAAUGUUCAUAGAGAGCCCUUAAAUGACUCUAUGAACUCCCUAAAUGUCCCUGAAGACUCCCCCAGCACUUCUGCCAGCUCUGAUUUACCCUCCACUGCCCCAAAUGUUCGUAAAAUGGCCUCAAAUGUCUCUAAAAAGUCCCAAAAUCUUCUGUCUUUUUUCUCAAGUACUCCUGCAAGCCCUGAUCUUUCUGCCACUGCCCCAAAUGUCCCUGAAACUUCCCCAAACAUUUUUACAACCUCUGAUAUUUCUUCUUCAGCCCCAAAUGUCCCUAAAAACUGCUCAAAUGUCCCUGGAACUUUGCCAAACACUCCUGCAAGUUCUAAUAUUCCUUCUUCUGCCCCAAAUGUCCGUAGAAAUCCCUCAAAUGUCCCUGCAAUGUCCCUAAAUGUCCCUGAAACUCUGCCAAACAUUCCUGACACAUCUCCUUCCACCUCCUCCACUUUCCUUUCUCCACAAACUCCCUCCACUUCAUCUUCCUUCCAUAAAUCUUUCUUUAAAUCUUAUCUUUCCAAAACCUCCAUUUCUCCUCCUUCACCCUCCUCCUCUUGCUCCUCCUCCUCCUCUUCUCAACCACCAAGCGAGGAAGAGGAAGAGGAAGACAGUGUGGAAGAUUUCAACUUUCAGUCACUCACCGACCAAUCACCAGUCCCCGUUUGUCACCAGGCCAAGGAACUGACCAAUAAAAUCGCGGCAAAGGUCAGGGAAGGUUGUGUGUCGUUUCCAAGCCAGGUCAGCCAUGAGGAAAGGUCAGCAGAGGUCAGGAAAGGUCAAAGUAACUCGUUUUUUAAGAAUUUUUUGCUAAAUAGGCUGAGAAAUGAUGGUGGUGAUGGUGGUGGUAAUGGUGAUGCUUUGAGAGUGGUCAAAGUGGUGAAAUGUGGUGAGAAUGAAGGAAGAAGGAGGAGAGAUAGUGAGGAGGAGAAAAUUGUGGUGCUUGAUGAUGAAGGAAGAGAGGAAAGAGAGAGAAGGAGAGAUAGAAACAGUGAUGAUGGAAGGAAGAUGAACAGAAGUGAGAGAAAUGAUGGUGAAGAGAAGGAGAACAUGAAAAAUAAUGGUGACAGGAACAAAGAUAAUGGUGAUUUGGACAUAUCAUUAAUUUUCUUAGAUGGUGAUGAAGAAAAUGGGAGAGAAAAAGAUGAUAGGAAUGAGAAAUAUGAAAAGGGAAGAGGAAUAAGAGAUAAAUAUGAGACAGAGGAAGAAUUUGAUGAAGGGAGGAGAGAAGAAGGAUCAGAGAGAUUGAAGGAAGGAAGAAGAGAAAUGAAUAAAGAAAAGAAAAUAGACAAAAUCCAUGAUAAAGAGGGAGAUGGAGAUAACAGAGAAGAAAGAUUAAAUGAACAAAAGAAAGGAAAAACUGAUAAAUUUGAGGAGAUAGAGAGAAGGCAUGAUAAGAAAAAGCCAGAGAAACAUUACAAGGAAACAGAAGAAGGAGAUAAUGAAGAAAAUAUAAUAGAAAUAGAGGAAGAAGAGGAGGAAAAUGAAGGAAAGAGAAGGAAAACUGAUAAACUUGAGGAGAUAAUGAGAAAAGAGAAACAUAUCAGGGAAACGAAAGGAAAUAAUGAAGGAAAAACAAGAAUAGAAGAAAAAGAAAAGGAAAAUGAAGGAAAGAGAAGAAAAAUAGAUAAACUUGAGGAGAUAGAGAGAAAACACGACAAGGAAAGGCUAGACAAACAUAACAAGGAAACAGAGGAAGGAGAAAAUGAGGAAAACACAAGGAAAACAGGAGGAAAAGAGGAGGAAAUGUAUACUGACAGGGAAAACUCACUUAGCCCAGAACUGUUCAGCUCGUGGGAAGUGGAAAAAGCAAAGGAAAAAAUGAGAAAUAGGACAACAAAAAGGAAAAAAAGGGUUAGAUUUGCAGACAGUGCCACAGAAACAGCUAGUGCAAUACACACAGAGAUUGAGAAGGAAAUAUACAGUGCCACAAGGGACAUACAAGGUCAAAACAGUGCCACAAGUCAGUCACAAGUCAAAAUAAGUGCCAGAACCAGUGCCACAGAGAAGAAGAUUGGUUUGCAAGUUAAUAGAAGCAGUUGGGAAGAUAUACAGAUUGCCACAGAGGAAAUACAAGCUCAUACCAGUGCUACAAGUAUGCCAGGCACUCCACAAGCUGAUAGCAGUGCCAGCAACACCACUACAAGAGAUAUACAAGGAAAAAUGAGCCACAACACCACAAACACCACUCAAAACAGUGCCACAAGUAAACCAGGCACUCCACAAGCUAGCCACAGUGCCAACAACACCACCAGAAGGGAACUAGAAGGAAAAACAAGCCACAACACCACAAACACCACCACUUGUGCUCAAAGCAACCCUGGCACCUCGAAUGACAGUUCCAGGGACAAGGUACUGGCACUGGAGCUCUUUCCUGACCUUGAUAAUGUGGACACUUCACUGCUGCCACUGUUGCCUCAAGAUUUAAGGGCCGAGGUGGAGGCACUGAUCGCCCAGCACUCUGGCACUAGCAAACGGCACUCCACACCCCAAGAAGACUCAGAAUUGACUGGCAUUAUGAAAUAUAUGAAACGUAGCCCCAAAAAGGUGCCAGGAGAGGUCAGGAGUAGUAGUUCAAAGGAGAGUGCCUGUGCCAAUUUAAAUUACAGUGCCAGAAAUUUUGAGAUAAGUGGUGGUUUAUUGGUGCAGUGCCCGGAGUGCCAGUCGUGUGUCUCGCCGUUUGACUUCCACGAGCACCAAGACUACCACGUGGCACUCAAGCUGCAAAAUGACCUCCAGGAAUCGGGUCAAGCCAGGUCACGUCAGGUUGCAAGGCCAAAGGGAAAGAAGAGAGGUCGGCCUUCUGCUAAAGACCUCGCUGGCAUGAAGACACAGAAACUUGAUGCGUUUUUUAAUAGAUGAUGUCUCGGAAAUUAUGUGGAAAUUUUGUGCGGUUUUUGAAGAUUAAUAAGUGAAAAUUUUUGUUUUAGUCGGAGUUUAAGUGAAUUUUUUUUUUUCUGGGAGUUGAGUGAAAAAUUUUUUGUUUUUUCGAAGAUUACUAAGUGAAAUUUUCGUUUUUUCUGAGGUUAAGUGAAGACACAGAAACUUGAUGCUUUUUUAAUAGAUGAUGGUCCAAAAAUUAUGUGAAAGUUGUGUUUUUUCAAAGAUUACCGAGUUAAAAUUUUGGGUUUGUUUGUUUUUUUGCGAGAUUAAGUGAAAAUUUUCCUUUGGGAGAUGAAGUGAAAUUUUUUGUAUCUUUUCUGAGAUGAAGUGAACAUUUUUGUGUUUUUGGAGAAGUGAAAAUUUUUGUUUUUCUUUUUUUGAGAAUUGAAUUUAGAAUUGUUUUGGUUAUUAAGUGAAAUUUAGUGUUUCCUCAGAGAUUAAGUAAUUUUUUUUUUUUCGGAUAGAGUGAAAUUUUUAUAUAUUUCAGAAAUUACCAAGCAAAUAUUUAUUUUUUUCUGAGUGAAAACUUUUGUGUUUUCAGAAAAUAUGUGAAACUUUUUGUGUUUUUGGAGAUUAAGUGAAUUAAAGUUUUGUUUUCUCCGAGAUUAAGUGAAAAUUUCUUGUGUUUUUCAGAAAUUAAGUAGAAUUUUUGUGUUUUUGGAUAUUUAGUGAAAAUAUUUGUGUUUUUGUAGAUUUAGUGAAAAUUUAGUGUGUUUUUUUCUAUUUUAUUUCUCAGGGAACUUAAUUUCUUGUGUUUUUUGAGGUGAAUAUAAUGUUUUGUCAAUUCAGGUUACAAUUUAGAGGAUUAUUAUUAUUAUUAUUAUUAUUAUUAUUUAUUUAUUUAUUUUGUGUGUGUGUGUGUGUGUGUGUGUGUGUGUGUGUUUGGUGAAUUCCUGGUGAUAUAAUAAGAGAAUAAUUGUGUUUUAUUUAAUUUUUUUUGUCAAUGAAGUUAAAGAAAGAAUUAUUUUAUUACUUGGAAUGGAAUGUGACAGAAUGGAACGGAAUGAAAUGGAAUGAAAUAAAUGAAAUGGAAUGGAACGGAAUAGAAAAUGAAAUAAAUGGAAUGGAAUAAAUGGAACAGAACAGAAAGUUAAAUAAAUGGAAUGGAAUGAAUGGAACAGAAUUAAAUAAAUGGAACGGAACGGAAUGGAAUGAAAUAAAUGGAACGGAAUGGAAUGGAAUGUGUGUGCUUUAUUGAUGCUUUACGUAAUGUAGUCACCAAUGUUGUAAUGUAUUGUGUAUAUAAGUUAUUGUAUCAUACAGUGAGGGGAUCAAUAAAAGGAAUGUCAAUUA